UCAAUGGUAACCACAUUUAUAGGAUUAGAGAGAAGUUUGGAGAUCGGUAGAGUUAGUGGUCGUUUAAUUAGUAAAGUGCAAACAUCCGUUAAAAAGCUUGUUAACUUGAUUCAAGAUAAUGCAGAAUCCAAGACGAUCAGUCAAAUCGAAAAUGAAGUCAAUGCAGAACUACGCGGAAUGCAUGAUGUGGAUAUGAUAGAACUUGAAUUACCAGAAAUAAAGGCCAAGGACAAGAAACGUGAUAAAAUUCUUGAAGCGAUCCAUGAUAUUUUUAACGCCGAAAUUAUUGACAAUAAAUUAUUCAUUAAAUUUGAUGGUGGGAUAAAAUCAGAAAUACAUAAGAAAGUGAUGAAUUCACUUGAUCAACAACUUCCAGCUUGGUGGAAUCAGAUCGAUAAUAUAUGUGUGGUUAAUGGUAAUCAGUAUCGACCUGAUGUGGGUGGUUGGAACCUUAAACCAACAAUUGAUCAAAGGGGCUCUCCUAUUAUUAAUUCAUGUCCACCACCAAAUUUAUGGAUUGAGGUGACCUAUGACAGACAUGGUGAUCGUAAUAAUGCCAUAAAUAAAAUCACGCGCAUUCAACCCCACUGCCCAAACACAGAAUUUGUAAUUAUCGUUGUUCCAAUUCCAACUACUGAACACCCCUUUCCACAAAAUAAAAAACCUGGCGUCGCUUCAAAGGUGGCAAAACUCAAAACGGUUCGUCCUUAUGCACCAUAUCUUGGCCAUUGGCCCGUGGGCAAUACAGUUCGUUGGUACAAGAUGAAAUGGAAUAGACAUCUUGUAUUAGGAUGUGGAGCGAACAUAGAUUUUAAUGACAUACUUCAAGUCUUAACAUAA